AUGACGAAUAGUGGGGGAUCAUUGUGCGCCUUCUGUGGCCCCAACGAAUAUGCAGCCGCAAAAUCCAACAGCGAGUUGGAUUUUACGUGUUACGCGUGUCCUCCUAACACAUACGCGCCGAAAGGAUCUAUCGGCAUUUCAUCGUGUGUUGAGCAGCGCCCCUGUUCGAUGGAUGACGUGGAUGAGACGUACACGACGUGUAAGGAUGGCGUACGGAAUGUCAAAUACUCUUGGAGUGAGCCGCAGACGUGUGACUCAACACUGAAGAGCAGUAUUGAGCUCCCGAAAUCACAGAAAGGAGUGGAAUGCGCGAGCUGCGCACGUGGUUAUCAACUCUCAGAGGGAGACGAAUGUGAAGCUUGCGGCGUUAACGAGGCUUUAAGCGCUUCGGGUAAGUGUGAGGAGUGUCCUGCUGGUACUGUUGUGGUGAAUGCGCUUGAAUUCGGUGCUGGGACUCCGGAUGCGUGGAACUCGUGGCCUCAAAUUGUUGACAAGGAAGCAACAAAACAUGCAGGCUGGAAACUUACGAAGAGUGGGCUACUAUUUGCUCAACAUACAAGUGAUGACGACGACGAUGGAGACUGGAGUCGGCCGAGUCGUUCGGCUCUGUCUUUCAACGUACCUUUCGUGCAUUCUGGUGCGCUUAACUUGACUUACAAGCUGAGUGGCGUUCCCACAUUCCAAGACGAUGGAUCUCGUGCGUGGGUAGAGCUGGAAAUCCGCGACGCUGGCGAUAGUACCACGAAAUCCAAGAAGGAAGCGGAUAUUCCUAGUGCUCCUGGAAGCUAUGACUUGGACGGCAGCAGCAGUGGAGCAGGUGAGAACAAGAAUGUUGUUCACUUGCUUCACGGUGGGGAGAAUGGCACGUUCACUGAGAUUAUCCCGGUCAAUGUGACGACUUCAUUGGUCAAAGAAUUCGCAUUUGUAGUGCGCUCUACUAGUGCGGAAGGCAAGCGUGCGAUCGAGGCGAAAGUGACGUAUCUAGGCUUUACGGGCACUCAAGAAGGCGCUGGUGUGAGCUGUGAUAGCUGUCCGUCCGGAUAUGAACCGGUUAACUCGGAUGAUGACUCGCAAAUGAGCUGUCGUAUCUGCCCAGCUGGUACGUUCGCAGAAGCUGGAGACUCAACUGGGAUCGUCGCGUGUGCUGAGUGUCCAGCCAAUACGUACUCGAAAGAAGGAGCUUCGCAGUGUACUCCAUGUGGCGAGAACACGUACAGUAGUCCCGGUGCAGUGGCCUGUGCUGCUCCCCAAGCACUAACACUGAAUGCUAGUGCGUCAUCGGAAUCAGUGAUGCUGUCUUCGUCAGCGUCGUCUGAUGCCGUGUCUUCGGCGCUUAGUGGUCUGCAGGUGACGUACAAUUUGUCACUUCUCGAGGCGCUAGUGUGGGGUAAUGAGAGCUGGAUUUUGGACGAUACGGUGUACGGGAACUCGACGAGCUUGCAGUCUAUUAAGCCAGUGGAGUCGUCGAUGGCUUUCCAGGCUGACGGCCAGAAUUACUGGUUCGCAGGGCUGUUCCGUCCUCUUGGAAGUGGCUGGUUGGAGCAAGUACCUGGUCAGAUUGUGGACCAAGAAGUAGACACAACGAAGGAGGUGGCUCAUGUGGUUUUCGCUACUAUGGUUAACCCUCGUGAAGCUGGCCGAUACUUCCAACAGAACAGCGGAGUCUACGGCAACGUCAUGUGCUCCGCUCCAUCGCAAUGGAAACUCGUGAAUGGUGGCAGUCAUAUGGAUAUUUUACCGCUGGAGUCUGGUGCUGGUGUCAAGGUAUCCUUCACUAACGGAUCCCCUUGUGUUAACGGCAAGACGAUGUCCACUACAUUCAAUUUUGAAUGUGAUCUUAACAGCGGUAAGCAUGAUGAACCCAUCAAUUAA